AUGUCCGCCGCAUCCCCCCGAUUCUGGGCCGGGCCCAUCCGCUACCUCCGCUGGUCCUCCCGCGAGAAGCCCGCCUACUUCUGGUCCGUCGUCCUCGGCGCCCUCGGCCCCAUCUCCGUGGCCGUCGUGCCCCCCUUGAGGAACCUCGUCGGCGACUACAACGCGCCCCCCAUCCCCGUCUCAUACCCUGUUCCUUCGGGACCUAGGAAGCAGUUGACCGGCUACGACGACGAAUGA